ACAAACUCUCGUCCUGCAUUUAUACUCAAUGGCACCCAAAGGAGGGAACGCAAAAAAGGAGGCGGGCAGAGCGAAUAAAGCUGAGAACAAAACCAAGAAAAACGCAGCUGCCGAGGCUGAGAAGGAGGAGCACAAGGAGGCAGAUAAAUGGCAGGAUGGAGCCAAGGUGAACAAGGCUAAGGAGGAGAAGGAAGAGAAGCGGCGUGCGGAGCUGGCCCGCAAGGCAGAAAUUGCACGCCUGCUGGCGGAGGAGGAGGCCUCCGCGCCGUCCAAGGUGAAGAGCGCGCCAAAGGCAGGCGCGAAGAAGGUCGCUGCGAAGCCUGUCAAGCCUGCAGGGCCCGGCGCCAUCGCUGCUGGGGGCGGUCUCGGGGCGAUCUCGACAUCAGAGAAGGACAAGGGCGGAAAGCCAGAGGAGCCGGAGGCAUUUGCAGCUACUGGUCUUGACAACGCACUUGACCUGCUGGAGGUGGUGACUGCGAAGAUGGAUAAGGCGAGCGUUGGCACGCAGGCUGCUGGAAUCGAGAGACAUCCAGAGCGACGAUACAAGGCGGCUUUUGAGGUCUACAAGGAACGUGAAUUGCCCAACGUGCGAGCUGAGCACCCUGGCUUACGGUUGAAGCAAUACCAGGAGCUCCUGCACAAGCAAUUCCAGAAGUCUGCGGAUAACCCCUUCAAUCAAGUCACAAUCGCAUACGACGCCACGAAAGAAGACAAGGUGGAUGCGCUCAAGAAGAAGAAUGCUGUGGUGGAGGAGAGGCUUCGCGAACGAUCAUAAACCUCCUCAAAGAGUUCUACCUCGGUCAUUGCAAUUGCAGGCAAAUCCAGGGACGAGAUGGCCGGUCGGGCCGGCAGUACUAGCAACGUACAGGAUAUGACAGUUGGGACUCGGAGAAUGCUCGAGUGUAUUAGCCAAGGGAGGCGGUGGCGCGGCGCCGUGCGUAUCCGCGGUAAUGCUCCUUGCGUUUCGUGCAAUUGGUGCGUGAUGCUUGACAGGAUAUGGCAGGUUGGUGUAGGAUAGCAUGGAGGAGUGUAUAUCACGUUGAAUGUAUCCAACAAAAUCGUCCGCAAAUAACGCAGACGACAGGCCCGUUGGCGUGAAGCCGGAGUUUCGGUGCAUCGGGGCCAACUGUCGAGUGCUGUGCCACCAGCUCGGAUACACGGUCUACUGCUUAUCUCAUCGCAUCGCACUGUAUCGAAUAUAUGAAUCAGCAUUGCUGGAUGCUCUGUUGUUCAGGC